AUGGCAUUCCAACCUACCCCGACGGAUGUUUCCGUCAUCAUCACCUCAACUGCUGCGGCACGCUCCGCCGAUUCAGAGCCUAGAUUCCUGACCGAGCGCCGGAUCACGCCUACCUGGACGGUUGAGCAGGUCAAGAGCAAGCUCGAGACUAUGACUGGUGUUCCGCCGGGUAGUCAGCGGCUUCGUGUGAAGGUUCCUGGGAGACCGGACCAGUGGGCUGAUAAUGAUGCUCAGCUUAUUGGGGAUUAUGGGAUUGUGAAGGGGUCUGAGAUUGAGGUCCACGACUCCCGCCCACCAGCCAUGCGCCCAAACUUCACCGACCUCUCCUCAGUCGACAAGUACGAAAUGAACCCAGAAACCUACGAAUCCCUCUCCGACUCAGUCCUAGCCUGGAAACGAAACCAGAAGCUUGGUCGUUUCGAUCCUAACGCUCUUUCCCCGGAGGAAUCUCUACGCAAGCAAGUCGAGAAAGAUCAGGCUGAGCUUGCUAGUCGAGGUAUCGCCGUCGACAAACGGGCUAUUAUCCUCCCCUCAUCUCCACCUCACAUUCGCCGUGGAACAAUCCGCUUCGUCGGCCCCGUGCCAACUAUCCCGAUUACCGGUCCUGGCCGUGAACUUGAGAAAGAUGGUGAGCUUCCCGUUGAGUUGCAGCCCCUUUGGGUUGGUAUCGAGUUGGAUGAGCCGACGGGGAAGAAUGAUGGUAGCGUGGGUGGUCGUCGGUACUUUGAGUGUAUGGAGAAGUGUGGUGCUUUUGUUAAGCCUGAGAAGGUUGAGGUGGGAGAUUUCCCGCCGUUGGGUUUGGAUGAUGAGUUGGAUGAGCUGAUGGAAGAGAUUUGA